GCGAGAGCCACGUAGCUAGCUGGUGCCUCGUUCCCUGACAGACUGACCAUCACACAGAUGGACAGCUGAACAUCGCACAGUACAUUUGACACCGCCCGUAGGUCCUAAUCUGCUGCUGCAAAAUACUGUAACCACAGACCUGCCACCUCUUGUUCUGUGUGCUCGAGUGACUGUUGCCCAAGUCUUCCCGCCUACGCUUAAGGACCAAUCAUCAACAAGUACUUGGUCUACCUACCCAUCUGCCCAAAGUACUUCUACUCUCAGAUCAGUCACACGUGCUCAGUUUGAGCUGUGUCGAUUGCGCACACACACACACACACACACACAUACACUAGAAGGAUUUAAAACACAGCCUGGUUCAGCGCCCACACACAGUCACAGCAAAUAUGGCUGCCAAGCUGACCAACUUUGGCAAAAUCCUGCUGCGCCGCCGGCCAUUGGACCUCUCUUGUGAGGAGACCCGCUUCGCCCGCUGCCUGUCCACGCUGGACCUCAUUGCCUUGGGAGUGGGCUCCACACUCGGCGCCGGUGUGUAUGUCCUCGCUGGCGAGGUCGCCCGAGAAAAGGCAGGUCCGGCUAUCGUCCUCUGCUUCCUCAUCGCUGCUCUGUCCUCCAUGUUGGCCGGCCUGUGCUACGCCGAAUUUGGCGCCCGUGUCCCCAAAACGGGCUCUGCAUACCUUUACAGCUAUGUGACUGUUGGAGAAAUCUGGGCCUUCAUCACUGGGUGGAACCUCAUCCUCUCCUAUGUGAUAGGUACGGCCAGUGUUGCCAGGGCGUGGAGCUCAACGUUUGACAGUUUGGUCGAACAAAAGAUCUCUGACUUCUUUAAAGCCUCCAUGACAAUGAAGGUGCCAGGGAAAGUGCUGGCGGAGUACCCCGACCUGUUCGCCCUCAUCCUGGUCCUGCUGCUCUCUGGACUUCUCGCCUUUGGCGUGAACGAAUCGGCGCUGGUGAACAAGAUCUUCACGGGCAUCAAUCUGGUGGUUCUGGGCUUCGUAAUCAUCUCUGGCUUUGUCAAGGGGGACUCAGCCAACUGGAACCUGACGGAGGAGGACUACCACAGCUUCAUAAACGCCACCAACAGCAGCAGGGUUGCGAAAGUCGGGGAGGAGUUUGGCAUUGGUGGCUUCGCUCCGUUUGGCCUGAAUGGAGUCCUGUCUGGUGCCGCCACCUGCUUCUACGCCUUUGUGGGCUUCGACUGCAUCGCCACAACAAGCGAAGAAGCAAAGAACCCCAUGCGUUCCAUUCCCAUUGGCAUCGUCGCCUCUCUGCUGAUCUGUUUUUUCGCCUACUUUGGUGUGUCUGCCGCUUUAACCCUGAUGAUGCCGUACUACCAGCUGAACACCCAGAGUCCUCUGCCCGAGGCCUUCAGCUACGUCGGCUGGGCUCCAGCCAGAUACAUCGUGGCCGUGGGCUCUCUCUGCGCUCUGUCCACCAGUCUCCUAGGCUCUAUGUUCCCCAUGCCCCGUGUUAUCUAUGCCAUGGCGGAGGAUGGGCUGCUGUUCCGUAUUCUGUCCAGGAUUAACGCUCGCACAAAGACUCCUCUCCUGGCUACCAUUGCAUCUGGCAUUGUUGCAGCUCUGAUGGCCUUCCUGUUCGACCUGGCAGCUCUGGUUGACCUCAUGUCCAUUGGAACUCUGUUGGCGUAUUCUUUAGUGGCCAUCUGUGUCCUCAUCCUCAGGUACCAGCCAGGAACCCUGAGCUCGUCCAGCCAGACGGAGAAGCUGGUGGAGCUGGUGGAGGGGGAGAAGGUGGCUGUAAGUGGAGGGGACAGUGGUGACGAGUACGGCAUGGAGACGGAGGAGAGGCCGCUCCGCGAGGCCUUCACCGCCAAGCUGCUCUUCUGCCCAAGUGGAAAGACGCCAACGCAGACCUCUGGGAACAUCGUCUACGCCACCACUGCUACUAUCUCACUCUUUAUCACGGUACUGUGCAUUAUCCUGGCCAACUGUCUCAAAGAGCUGCUGGCCGGGCAUGCAGCUGUUGUGGUGCCCUGUGUCAUCUUGACCCUGCUUUGUUGCGUCUGUUUCGUCAUCAUCUGCAGGCAGCCUCAGAGCAAAGAGGCUCUCACCUUCAAGGUCCCUCUGCUUCCCUGGUUGCCCCUGUUCAGCGUUUUCGUCAACAUCUACCUCAUGAUGCAGUUGGACCGGGGAACAUGGUGCCGCUUCGCUGUCUGGAUGCUAAUCGGUUUCGCAAUCUACUUCUUCUACGGUAUCAAGAACAGCAGUGAAGCUGCCAAAAGGUCAUCCCCACGUAAAUACGAGCCCGCGCUGCAGACCAAGAGUCCGAUUUACACCGGCGCUCCUGACGACAGUGACAUGGAAGCCGGCAGCAGCCCCUGAUACACACUGACCUAAACCUGGGGAGUGUUGCCAGAGCAUCUACACUAUUUUUUUUGGCAGUCUGGUUGAACUAGCAGCCAAAAUGCUGCAAUGUAGGCAGCCUGGAACACAGCCCUGGGUUUAAAAGGGAGGAGAGGCUACACACAUCUUACCUCUGAUUUGGAGGCUGAUUAACUUGAUGGCUAGACACUGUGACAGAGCCACUCUCUGGCCGGUGUGUCUGUUUCAAUCUGUCUGUUUGUACUUAGCCUUAGCCCUCUGGGAGAUAUUUACCUGCCUCUAACACAUGCUAUGAAUGGACCUAACUAACAAAGAAUACCGUUGGUCUCCUCAUCCAAGUUCUGUUUUCCGUUAUCUUGAAGAAUGUUAGACUUCAUCAGUUUUCAUCUUUGCUUCCUCUCUGCUAUUGGUGGCUGCGUGUGUGGAGCCAGUGAGCCACUAAGGGUGGAUAACAACCACUAUGUGCAUCACUAAAAAGUAUGACUUGAGCCAGUGACAUUACGUGACAGGGCCUUCAGUAGUUGACGUGUUUAGUUAGUUGGUCCUUGUUUAUUGCACCAGCCUGCUUGUUUGUGAGUAUACAGGGUAACGUUGAGGCUGUUGGUUUACAAUGUCGGUCAAGGCCUCGGUGCAGUUAGGUCAGUAGCACAUGGACCACGUCGAUGUCAUCUGCACUGUGCGGUUCAGUAUCUGAGGCUGAAGUUACAUUACUCCGCUCCCAGAGAACAGCCCAGUUUACACAGCACCAACACAACACAAAUGGUAUGAAAUCAAUCGGUUAUUGUGAAUUAUUUAAUUUUGUUUAGAAACGGUAUUAUCAUUUUGUGGCCUUUGUUCCAACCUAAACCAAAUAACUAAAAUGUUUUUAAAAGGCUUUUAACAGAAAUAAACUACUUGUCAGUAAAAAAAAAAUGCAAAGCAGGAGUCAAAGGAUUGCCCAUAUUUGGUUGGACAUGGGUUUUCUCCCAAACAUGGGCAUGUAAAUAUCUAUGAAUUUUAAAUAAUCCAGUUUGGUAAUUUGAUUAUUCCCAAUUUAAUUUACACACUUGUCUAUUUCAUAUUAUUAUUUGCAUAGCUGUAUUGAUAUUUUUGCAGAUCUGAGGUGGUUAAUGAGAUUUGCACUCAACAAGCACAUUCAUGACAUUAAGUUAUCUCCUGACCAGCAUUUAAAAUUUCAGUUAAUAUAAUCUGUCCACCUCUGACUGAUCUGGGAGCUGGAGGUCUGUUUCUGAACAAGGAGUCUGUCUUUUAUCAUCUUAAUCACAUUUGUGUUGUUACUUCCUUGUGAAAAGACUCACAAAAGGUUUUUGUUUAGUUUCAAUUGAAACUUGUUCUUGGCAGCUUUGUCUGUUAAGUUCACUUUUGCUUUAACUUUUUAUUUUAGUCAACUGUAUUUUGUUUUAACUCCAUUAUUUACUUCUACUGAUAGAACUGUUAAUAUUCAGAUCUUUUUAGCAUUGUCUGUUCAGGUCAGCUUUUUUAAUGUCAUAUCAGUCACAAUCAGUUGAAUCUGCUUUUUAGAUGUUAAUGUAUUUUAAUUACAUGUACAGUUUUUAGUAUACUUGUCUUUUUGAUCUCUUAUUGUUUUUACUUUUGUUGCAAAUGUCUGGCUUAAAUGAUUUAAUCCUUUCUGACCAAAUUAACUUGUUUUGGGAAAAACAAAGAAUGACCACUAAAAGUUGGUCUCUAAAUUGUGAUAUAUGAAAGAAAAUGUUUUUACCCCAACCCUCUAGAGUCGAUAUAACUUAUUGUUUAUAGUAUGUAAAGUGCUUUACUGUAGAAUGUACAGUAUUUGUUUAGAAAUGUAUCUUUAGUUGUAUAAUGCUGCAAAUUAUACAAACACUUUCUUUAACAUUUGAAUAUAAUUUGGUAAGAGGCGUUUUUUGUAAAUAACAUUGAAAGGCGUUUCAUUUGACACCUAAUGCUACUGAAAUCCAAAUUGAGCCCUUUUUUUUUUUUUUUUUUAGAUAAAAUGGUCCCGCUGGAUGCAAUAUUGAAGCAUUUCUGUAAAUGCUCAAAGAUAUCCCUAAAGUUCAUAGUUAUAUCCAAUAUCUAAAUUCCUCCUCCUUUAAAAAAUGUCGCCCAUAAAGUAUGUGGAGAAGCGAGGGACAAUAAAGGUAGAUUUGGGUUCAGCCAGUGUUUCUAGCUGAUGUGAAUCAAUAAACUGGUGCCUAAAGAACCAUCUUUCUGCCUGAGAAAAACACUUGGGUUGGUAAAACAAAAAGUCCAGCUGCAUUGUGGACAAUUCAUAUACUGGAAUUAUAAACUCUGCCUGCCAGCGAUGUCAUUAAAAGGUUAUGUGGCUGUGGCGUGUGUCACACAGCUCUUCAUACUCAGCCCUUGUGCCUUUUCAAAAAUCAAUUCUAUCAUCUCUCAUUAACAGCAUUUUUUGUCUUUGUUUCAUAUUCUGUACAUAUCGCUGUCAUG